AUGGAAGAAGCUGAUGAGAAGUUGAGUCGAAAGAAGAAGGCCUGCUUCCCGGAGAGGAACUCCCCUUCAGAGGGAAACCAAAAGAGUAAAAAGAAAAAAAUAAAAGCUGGAAGCAACAUAGGGAGCAAGGAAGGUGAGGAGGUGGCCAGGGGGGAGUCUCCCCCGAGUAGCCCCCCACCCCAUGAGGACCCCCUACCAUUUGACUUUAUAACAAAAAAUGAUUAUAAAAAAUACGACGAGUUUGUGAAAUUCUGUGAGGAGAGUUUUGCCUACAUUGACAUGGAAGACGUGAAUAAGCACAUCGCUGCUCUGAGAGCGCGGGGUGGCCAGGCGGGGUUGUACCUGUCCAAUGUGGUUAGCAGUUCGGGGGACGAGGGGGGAGAGGGUGGCUGCGACGGGGAGGGGCCGGCCGCCACCCCCAGGCGCGAGCAAAGGUACACGAAGAAUCUCAAGCUGGUGAACAUAAAGAGGUGCAAGCGGGCCAGGCUCAACUUGAUACUCAUUAGGAAGAAGCACACGGGGGGGGGGCAGCACAUGGGGGAGCAGUACCAGGGGGGUGAGCAGCGCGAGGGGGGACACACCACUUCACAUGAAGCUGCUUCUCAUCGAACCGCUGCCCACCAAGAGGGGGACCCCCCCGGCGCGAAGAAAAACACCGUGGUCGUGUCGCCCAUUUUCAUGCCAGUGGGCACGAAGAGCUGCAUCAAGGGGCUCGUGCAGGAAGAAGUGCAGCUGCUCUGCAACGACAUAAUCCUCAGCAACACGUAUCACCUAGCCAACAUAUAUGAAAUGUCUACGUUUGUAAAAAACGGGGGCAUCAAUAACUUCAUCCGCUUCCCCAACGCGAUGCUCACCGACUCGGGGGGGUUCCAGAUGGUCUCCCUGAGCAAGCGGAUAAGGAUCCUGGAGGAGGGCAUCCUCUUCGAUAACAUUUACGACGCGGGGGUUAUGCGCAGGAAUGUGCGCGCGGUGGGGGGAGCGAGUGGAGUGAGGGGAGUGAGCGAAGUGAAGGAAGGGGUGGAAGGGAGGGGAGCGAUGGAAGCGAGUGGAGUGAAGGAAGCGAUCGAAGCGAGUGACGCGAAGGAAGCCGGGGGGGGGAGGGAAAUCCUGCUGACGCCCGAGGCCUCCAUCCGGCUGCAGAACCAAAUCGGGAGCGACAUCAUCAUGGCCCUGGACGACGUGCGCCCGGCAACGGAAACGGACGUGCAGAAGAUAGAGGAGGCGACGCACAGGACCAACAGGUGGUUGCAGCGGUGCGUACAAGCCCACAGCAGGGAAAGAGAGCAAACCCUCUUUGGCAUCAUCCAGGGGGGUCUCCACAUUAGAUUAAGAAACCAAUCGAUGGACUUCAUUUUGAAGCAGAAGCUGAAUGGGUAUGCUGUGGGAGGUCUUUGCGGUGGAGAGAGAAAAAGGGACUUCAUCAACGUGGUGCACCAUUGCUCAAAUGAGAAAAAUAAAAAAUGGAAUCAUUUGCCAGAAAAUAAAUGCAGAUACAUUAUGGGAAUUGGCUACCUCGCUGACAUCCUCUUUUGCUCUCUCCUGGGUUACGACAUGUACGACUGCGUAUACGCUUCGAGGACGGCUCGCUUUAACACCGCCUUGAGUUAUGAUGGCACAAUAAAAUUGAAGCAAGCCAAAUAUGCCUUUGAUUUCUCUCCACUUGUGACCAACUGCCACUGCUAUGUGUGUUCCAAAUUUUCUAAGUCGGCUCUGCAUCUACUCAUUUCGAAGAAGAACCCAAUUGUGAAUGUCCUGCUCACCAUCCAUAAUAUUUAUUUUACCCUGCACUUCUGCUACCUCCUCCGAGUUGCCAUCUUUUUGGAGAAAACGGACCUCUUCGUGACGACCUUCCUCUACAACUACUUCGUCAUCGGGUGCAGGAACGGCAAUUACAAGAUCCCCGACGAUGACAAGGGGGCAGAUGAGCAAGGUGAAGCGGCCGCAGAGACUAAAGCGGCCGCAGAGACUAAAGCGGCCGCAGAGACUAAAGCAGCUGCAGAGAGUAAAGCGGUUGCAGAGACUAACGCGGUUGCAGAGACUAACGCGGCUGCACUGAUUAGCGCGACCGCACCGACGGGGGACCGAAAAGAUGAAAUGGUCAAGGAGUUAAAGGAUAAGCUGCCACACUGGGCCUUACAGGCGCUGCAGUACGCGGAAAUAGAACUCUCUUUUUGA